AUGCGUGCAGAAGAGGCAAGGCACAAAGAGACGAUUACGCCGAUUGCGCCAGUAAAAGUCCAGCGCACGAAGCAAGAAAACCAAAAUGCACCUUUGGGUGUGAAAGAUGAUUUGCUUAACGAGGAGCAUUCAUCAGUGGCUGCUGGACCGAUGGUAGCGCCACCAAAAAUGGGCGAGAAGGAUGCAGACCCAAUGUUCAACAAACCGAGCACAAAUGCCCAGAAAGACAGAGAUUUUUUUAUGAAAUCUGAAGUAAAUGAUAGUCGCACUAUAUCCUUGGGAAACAGCGCACAAGCGUCGACGACUCCUGCUAGCCCGGUUUCCAAUACCGAUAAGCCUGGCGCCGUGAAGAAAAGAACGUCACAGUUGGGCGCUAUGGCGUCUCAAACGAGAAAAAAGCGCAAGAGUCAACUGGCGGAUAUGAGUGCUGCAGUCACCGCGGAAGCUCCGAAACUAAAUACAUUGGAAAAAUCGAAGUUUGAUUGGGAGAUGUACAAGGGUUCAGCAUUAAAAGGCGCAGCUGAAACGCAGAAAGCUGAUACCAUGUCUGCCUCAGAGCGAGACGAGCUAGAAGCACAAACACAUGGCGGCGGUAGUGGCCUGGGCGACGUGAAAGGCUACUUGCACCGCAAGGAAUUCCUCGAUCGUGUCCACGACCGUAUGGACCAAAAGGAGUACGAGGCGCACCUCUCACGAUAG